AUGGAUUCGCGGGUGUCCGAGCUCUUCGGGGGCUGCUGCCGGCCCGUGGGGGGCGGGAACGGCGGGGGCCUCCGAGGCCGCGGCGGCUCCGGGGGUGGGUCCGCCAAGGGGAGGAAGAAGAACGGGCGACACCGGGGAGGGAAGGCCAACAACCCCCCGUAUCUGCCGCCGGAGGCAGAAGAUGGGAACAUAGAAUACAAGCUGAAACUAGUUAAUCCUUCCCAGUACCGCUUUGAACAUUUAGUAACGCAGAUGAAGUGGCGUCUACAAGAAGGCCGUGGUGAGGCCGUGUACCAGAUCGGCGUAGAGGACAAUGGGCUUCUGGUGGGACUGUCGGAAGAGGAGAUGCGCGCCUCUCUCAAAACACUGCGGCGGAUGGCUGAGAAAGUGGGAGCUGAUAUCACUGUGCUUCGUGAAAGGGAGGUGGAUUACGACAGUGACAUUCCCAGGAAGAUAACGGAGGUUCUUGUCCGAAAGGUCCCAGACAACCAGCAGUUCUUAGAUUUGCGAGUAGCUGUGCUUGGGAAUGUGGAUUCAGGCAAGUCAACUCUACUAGGCGUCCUGACCCAGGGAGAGCUGGAUAAUGGACGAGGCAGAGCUCGUCUCAAUCUGUUCCGGCACCUGCAUGAGAUCCAGUCGGGGAGGACAUCCAGCAUCAGCUUUGAAAUUCUUGGCUUCAACAGCAAAGGAGAGGUAGUAAACUACAGCGACUCACGAACAGCUGAGGAGAUCUGUGAGAGCUCCUCCAAGAUGAUCACCUUCAUUGAUUUGGCUGGCCAUCACAAGUACUUGAAAACCACCAUAUUUGGGCUCACGAGUUACUGCCCAGACUUCGCCAUGCUGGUGGUUAGCGCCAAUACCGGAAUUGCAGGCACAACACGAGAGCAUCUAGGCUUGGCAAUGGCCCUCAAGGUCCCUUUCUUCAUAGUCAUUAGCAAAGUGGACUUGUGCUCAAAAGCCACCGUGGAACGGACUGUGAAGCAGCUGGAGCGGAUCCUGAAGCAGCCCGGUUGCAACAAGCUCCCCUUGCUGGUCACAUCCGACGAUGACGCUGUCACCGCAGCGCAGCAGUUUGCACAGUGUCCCAACAUUACUCCAAUCUUCACCUUAUCAAGUGUUUCUGGAGAGAACCUGGAUCUCUUGAAAGUUUUCCUCAACAUCCUUCCCCCUCUUACAAACAGCAAAGAGCAAGAGGAUCUAAUGCAGCAGCUUACUGAAUUUCAGGUGGAUGAAAUCUACACAGUGCCUGAGGUGGGCACUGUUGUUGGAGGAACUCUGUCAAGUGGAAUAUGUAGAGAGGGAGAGAACCUGGUGGUUGGUCCAACUGACGAUGGCAAGUUCCUCCAGCUGAAAGUGUGCAGUAUCCAGCGGAACCGUUCAGCAUGCCGUGUACUUCGGGCUGGGCAGGCCGCUACACUUGCUCUUGGACACUUUGAUCGCUCACUGCUGCGCAAAGGGAUGGUGAUGGUCAGCCCAGAGAUGAACCCCACCAUUUGCUCAGUGUUUGAAGCUGAAAUUGUUCUGCUCUUCCAUGCCACAACUUUCCGGAAGGGGUUCCAAGUAACGGUGCAUGUUGGCAAUGUGCGGCAAACAGCAAUUGUGGAAAAGAUCCAGGGAAAGGACAAGCUGCGGACAGGAGAAAAGGCUGUGGUUCAUUUCAGAUUCAUUAAACACCCUGAAUAUUUGAAGAUAGGAGCCAAGCUCCUGUUCCGUGAAGGAGUUACCAAAGGUAUUGGACAUGUCACACACAUCCAAGCGAUCACCACUGGAGAGAGUGGCCUAGAAGAAGGCCUAAGCUCUGUGCUGGUCAGUUUCUGACUUGCAUCGGAUCUCCGAGAUCUGCUGAUGACAGCACUAGAAGAAGGGAAGGAGCCUCCUCCC